AUACAACCGAAGCUUCCAGAAAAAUCAAAAAAGCCUUUAAAAGAUAAAUCUGAUACAUCUUUAGAAACUUCUGAUCAUAAAGACAGUGAAUUGGGAUCCGAUUUCGAAGAUCUUUCUAAUGAGGAUUCAUCAGCUUUUGAUCAAAGAGAGGAUCCAAAAACUCAAUCAAAAAUAACAUUUGUCACUUCAGCUCCAUCAGCUCUAUCGGAUUCGUUGGUUGUACCGCCAGUUCAGGAAGCUCAGGAAACCCAAUCAGUUAUUUCUGAUGAAGAAGCUCCAUCAGCUCUAUCAGAUUGGUUGGUUGUAUCGCCAGUUCAGGAAGUUCAGGAAACUCAAUCAGUUCUAUCUGAUGAAGAAGCUCAAAAAGCUCAAGCUCUAGAAAAUAAAAAAACUAAAGAAGCUCUGGAAGCCCAGGAAAACGAAAAACCCUUAGAAGCUCUGAAAGCUAUCCUAAUUCAGAAAGCUCUAGAAGCCCUGAAAGAUGAUCAAAAACCCCUGGAAGCUCUGAAAGCUACCCUAAUUCAGAAAGCUCGUGAUGCUCUGGAAGCUAUACUAAUUCAGAAACCUCAUAAAGUUCAACUAGUUCUAUCGGAUUGGUUAGCUCACGAAGAUCAGGAAGCUCUGGAAGAUCAGGAAGAUCAGGAAUAUUUGGAAUUUCGAGAAGCUUUGCAAGCUCUGGAAGCUCAGGAAGAUCAGGAAGAUCAGGGAGUUAUGCUGAUCGAGAAAGCUUACGGUGCUAUAACCCUAAUACGACAUUUUAAAUCUCGCAAAGUUCAGCAAGUCCAUGAACUUUUAACAGCUCUGAAAGAUCAAACACCCUUCGAAGCUCUGAGAGUUAUAAUAUUUCAGAACGGGUUAGAAGCUAAAGAAGCUCUGAAAGUUCUUGAAGCUCUGGGAGCUCUGGCAGAUCUGGGAGCUCUAUUAAUUCAUAAAGUUCAUGACUUUCUACUAGCUCGGAAGGCUCAUGAUGCUCUAGAAGCUCUACUAAUUAUGAAAGCUAAGAAAGCUCUACUAGCUCAGAAGGCUCAUCGUGCUCUAGAAGCUCUACUAAUUGAGAAAGCUGAGAAAGCUGAGAAAGCUCUACUAAUUCAGGAAACUUUGUGUGUUCUGGAUGCUCUGGAAGGUAUGCAAGAUCUGAAAAAUCUGAAAGCUCUGAAAGCUCUGAAAGCCAUACUAUUUCAAAAAGCUCACGGUGCUUUGGAAGCUCUACUAAUUCAGAAACCUCAGAAAGCUCAUUUUGCUCUGGAAGCUCUGGAAGCUAAAAAAUAUGAGAAAGCUCUAAAAGAUGAAAAGGCUCUGGAAGCUCUAGAAGCUCUAGAAGCUAAAAAAUAUGAGAAAGCUCUAAAAGAUGAAAAAGCUCUGAAAGCUCUAAAAGCUCUGGAAGCUCUAAAAGCUCUGGAAGCUCUAAAAGUUAAAGAAUACCCUAAAGCUAAAAAAGAUGAAAAGCCUCAAACUCUGGAAAAUCGUAAAGCUAAAGAAGCUCUGAAAGGUCUGAAAGCUCUGAAGGCUCUGGACGUUCUAAAAGCACUGGAAGCUCUAAAAGUUCUGGAAGAUGAAAAACCCCUGCAAGCUCUGAAAGCUCUGAAAACUAUAGUAAUUCAGAAAGCUCAUGAUGCUCUGAAAGAUAUGAUAAUUCACGAACCCGAUACAGAAGGACCAAUAGUUCAUAGAAGUUAUCAGGGAGCUCUGAACUGUCUGGAAGAUCUGAAAAGUGAGAAAUAUCUGGCUCCAAAAGGCCUGAAAGCUGAAAUAAUUCAGGAAGCUUUGGAACCUCUGCAGUAUAUCGAAGAUCUGGAAGCUAAAAAAGUUCUGAAAGAUCAAGCACUGAAAACUAUACUAAUUUGGAAAGCUCCACCAAGAAAAACUUUUGUCGCUUCAGAUGCCAAUGAAGAAAAUCCCCAGCUUCGUCAAGAACUUUUGUUUUACUAUGCUUUAUUUUCUAAUAAACGAACUUAUGGGGUGAAAGCUGCAACUAGGACAGAUGGGCGAAUCAGAGUGCAGGCGGAAUUAAAUUGGAUUGAAUUGGAUUGGAUUCACAGGUUAGACAAAUACGUAUUUGAGGGAAACUAG